AUGAGUGUGUCUCUUUAUAAUUUCAAAAGGAUCGAACCUGUGCCUACGUCAAAUGAUUUCAUUGAUAUCAUUUUGUCCAAGACGCAGAGAAAGACUCCUACUGUCAUUCACAAGAACUACAAUAUUGGUCGUAUCAGACAGUUUUACAUGCGUAAAGUCAAGUUUACGCAAGAAAACUUUGAUGAAAAAUUCAAGAAUAUUUUAGAAGAGUUUCCCAAAUUAGAGGAUAUUCACCCUUUCUAUGCUGAUUUAAUGAAUGUUUUGUACGAUAAGGAUCACUACAAGUUGGCUCUCGGUCAGAUCAAUACUGCUCGUCAUUUGAUCGAUCAAAUCGCUAAAGAUUAUGUCCGUCUUUUGAAAUUCGGUGAUUCUCUGUACCGUUGUAAGCAAUUGAAAAAAGCUGCCUUAGGCCGUAUGGCUACCGUUAUGAAGCGUCAAAAAGACAGUUUAGCCUAUCUUGAACAAGUACGCCAACAUUUAUCCCGUUUACCUUCCAUCGAUCCCAACACUCGUACACUCUUGAUCUGUGGUUAUCCUAAUGUCGGUAAAUCCUCAUUCAUCAACAAAAUCACCCGUGCUGAUGUGGAUGUACAACCUUACGCUUUCACCACCAAAUCACUCUUUGUUGGUCAUAUGGAUUAUAAGUACAUGCGAUGGCAAGUCAUUGACACGCCUGGUAUUCUUGAUCAUCCUUUAGAAGAACGUAACACCAUUGAAAUGCAAUCUAUUACUGCUAUGGCUCAUUUAAGAUCAUGUAUUAUGUAUUUCAUGGAUCUGUCAGAACAAUGUGGUUACAGUGUUGAAGAUCAGGUGAAAUUGUUCCACAAUAUCAAACCUUUGUUUGCCAACAAGCCUAUUGUGUUGGUGAUCAAUAAGAUUGAUCAAGCCAAGCCUGAAGACCUACCUGAAGAGCAAAAGCAGUGGAUUCAAGAAAUUGCAAAUCAAGAAAAUGCAACGGUUGUAACCAUGUCUUGCUAUAACGAAGAAGGCGUGAUGAAUGUCAGAAAUACCGCCUGUGAUCGACUUUUACAAGCCCGUGUUGAAAUGAAGAUGAAGAGUAAUAAGAUUAACGAUGUAAUCAACAAGAUACAUUUGGCCCAGCCUCAACAGAGAGACGGCGUGGCUCGUCUUCCUAAUAUACCCGCCGAAGUUCAAUCUCGUGUUAAAUAUGAUCCCAAUGACCCUAACCGCCGUAUUCUCGAAAAGGAUUUGGAAGUGGAAAAUGGUGGUGCUGGUGUUUAUAGCGUCGACUUGCGUAAGAAAUACUUAUUGGCUAGUGAUGAGUGGAAAUACGAUACCAUUCCUGAAUUUUUGGACGGUCAUAAUGUUGCUGACUUCAUCGACCCUGAAAUCGAAGAGAAACUGGAAGCUCUUGAAAGAGAAGAAGAACGUUUAGAAGCUGAAGGAUUUUAUCAAUCAGACGACGAGAUUUUGGAUGAUGAUGAGGAAGCAAUGCGUGUGGCGGCUGAUGCUAUUCGUCAAAAGAAGAAGUUGAUUGUACAAGCUCACCGUGCGGCCCAUGGUAGAACGAGACCUGCUCUGCCUAAGACCGCCAAAUUCACAAGUGUUAAUGAGAUGGGCGAGAAAUUGGCAGAAAUGGGCAUUGAUGCUUCGGCCGCUGCUGAACAUGCACGAUCACGUAAACGUACUAGAGAUGAAGCCUUGCCUGAUGCUGCAGUUAAAGAAGCCGGUAGUACUGACCGUGGUGAAAUUGAAGCCAUGGAAAUCAGCAAAGAAGGUUUCCGUAAUGUUAAACAGAAAUUGGAAGCUGAUAAGCAGAAGAAAAAUGUUCAAAAACAAGCAGCCAAGAUGGGUAAGCGUGGUGAAGCUGAUAGACAAAUUCAAACCAAGAUGCCCAAGCAUUUGUUCAGUGGUAAACGUGGUAACGGUACAACAGACCGUCGUUAA